UGACGAUAUAUAGUCUGGAUUUGAUAUUCGAUUGAUUGUCCUUUCACCGUGCUUCUAGAUAUUAUAUAGACAUACAGGGUCACCUCUUUCCCAGAAUGACCUAGCACGGAUUCUAGCUAGGGAAAGCAAUUGUGUGAGGAUUCCAUCAAAAUUGCUUGUCUUACGCUGGUCAGAUAUGACAAGCUUUGGAGGCAACUUGGCACGCCUUAUUUGUCGUUGUUAGAGACGUCGCUGUACGCAGGUCUCCUUUUAAAUUGAAAUUGAAGUGAGAUCCCUGUCGAACCCAGCCCUAUUGAAAGCGCCAUUACUCCGACCAGAAGUCCCGAUGGGCGACGUCACAGCAGAACCGACAAAGAGCCGCCGGCAGAAUAAAGGCUUUGCCUGCGAAGAAUGUCGUUCACGUAAACUCAAGUGCGAUAUGAGCCAGCCGCAAUGCAGCACCUGUCGCAAUCUGGGUGUACCAUGCAUUACAAAUACGGCGCGGCGACCUCGAGGCCCGAGGAAGGGUCAUGUCAAUAUCCUCAGAUCGCGCAUAGCAUCGCUCGAGCGCCAGUUAUAUGAGAAUUCCGAGGGCCAACCGAGCAGACGAGAAAGUUCAACGUCUACCCAACAUGUAUUGGAGGUAGAUCAAUCGGAAAGGGUCAAUAUUGGCAAAAUCGAAAAAGCCAGCGUCGCACAUUCGCAGGACUCAACGGAUGACUUCCUUUUGGACCCGCAGUCAAUCGGACUCCUCAAAUGGCCAUCGGUAAUCCCUUCGUUGGAAUUGGAUAGCGAAUGGUGCAAACAUAUUGAACCCUUCCCGGAGUGUACAUACCAAUCCCCAGCGCUAACCCCAGCAAGCAAUAUACCUACGUCGGUGUCAUCUGCGUGUCCGAUUGACGCCAGCAUAAGCCCACUGGAACUGGGCUCCCAGGCAAUGACAACGCCCAUUCAGCUUCCCGUCCAACUGUCAGCCUUAGAGCGCGCAGAUCUAGACGACCUUUUCUUCGACCGCGCUUACCCUUUUGCCCCCAUUAUCCAUCAGCAGCGGUACUAUUUGCGGGCAGCCAACGAGCCAGACGCAAGAGAGCCAUUAACCGCCUUACAAUAUGCCAUGCGAACGCUGGCCGCGUCAAUGGGGAGCCAGUUCCAGGGCGUCCUACCGCUCUUAUACACUCACACCUGCUGCUUACUGGACGUGUGGGAGCAACACAUGCCGAACGAGGCUCUUCCCAUCGAAGUGGUGCAGGCGCGACUGCUUCUGGUCCUCUACGAGAUUCUAAAAAGUAACCCCAGCAAGGGAUGGAUUAGCGCUGGUCGCUGCUUUCAUCUCGUCCAUCUCUUGAAACUCGAUCAGAUCGACAACCCGAAUACCUGGCAGACAUCCAGUCUCUCCUGGGUGGAGAUCGAGGAGAGACGGAGAACUUUCUGGACAGCAUACGCGCUCGAUCGAUAUGCGAAUCUCGUCAACGGUCUUCCGCUGGCCAUAAACGAUCAAAUGAUCCUCACCCGCCUUCCCGCCCCAGAAACGGCAUUCCGACAUCAACAGGCUGUUACGACCGAAUAUCUGGCCCCGGCCAUGGCGAGAAAAGCCGACCAACAGGUAUCGCCCUACGCGAAAUCGAUCGUCAUGCUUACCAUUCUCGCACGCUGCCUCUCCCACAGAAACCAAUGCAACGUGGAACGUAUCAUGGACCCUACAUCCCAGGAAUGUAUCGUCCGCCAUCGAGCACUGGACAUCAUCUUGAGUCAAGAGAGCCAGACGACAUUGUCUAGUCCCGCUGCCGAUUUCUCAUCAUCUGACCCCACAUCCAUCUUCGUCGACAUGCUAGCUCAAGUCGCAGUUUUGGUACUCUUCACUGCCUUGAACUCGGUGCCUGAAGCCGCAGAAAUGUACCAGGACAUGUACGGAAGUUACGAGACCAAGGCUGCUAUUGCGACGGAACGAGUGCUCAGCCAGGCACAAAAGCUGUCCCAAAUAGGGCCUUUCAAGGCAAGACUAGUCUCCUAAGAGUUUUCAGCCCUUUCUGAUCGGAAUGUUAGAUUCACCCGUUCACACCGAUCGCGCUAUUCAUCUGUGUGGAGCUUUCGCGCUCAUGCAAGGCGUUCAACCACAAGCUCCCGGCGCAGUUCAAGGCCAUUUCUGCCGCCUUGAGUGAUAUGGUGCCUGUUAAUAACCUUGCCAGGAUGCUGGAGCUUGAGAUCCAGCGUAAUGCGGAGAUUAUGCCUGCAGCUAUAGGCUUCUGAGACUAUUAUGUAUCAGUGAUUAUUCUUGACGACCGUAUAUAUCUUGUACAAAAUUCUACUUUCCAGCAACAUCUUGCCAGAAUGCCAGACUGCAGCUACACUGCCUGUUUGCACUAUAUACUGCCGGCUGGAGUACAUGAUCAUGAAUGUCAUAUUAGCAACAACAGCCUUCGUCACUAGUAGUUACUCACUCCCCUCCACUUCACGUAGUUAGUAGUGACCUAGUACUACUAAACCUCCG